AGGAAGGGGCGGAUCGUGCCGCUAUCCCGUCUCUGAACGCCGUCGCUGUCACUCAGCGAUGGACUCCGAGUCGCUAGAUCGGGCCUGGGACCCGGCCGCACCGGGUGCAGGUGCGUUACGCUCUACCGCCAUUGCCCAACUGUACUUUCGCAUGACGAGUCACCACCCCCUGACGAUUCUCAUAGUCGAUGCAAUGUGUCUCACGUUCGGCGCGGAUGGGGCCACGGUGCAGGAGCUCGUCGACUACCUCGGCAUCACCGAGGAUCGCAUCCGCUUUGGGCUAGAAAGCAUUCCUUCCGAAAUGCGUUGCACUUCCCAGCAAUUGGAGUCGGAAGGCGUGACUCCAAGCGUUGUGGAUGCGUCUGCUGCAUACGACACUCGCACGCCGAGCAACGGCCCGGCUAGCGAGAACGACCCGCCUGGUGACCGUCGCGUGGAAAAGGAAGGGCGGUAUUUCCUCAACUACAAACGUCUCCUCCCCCUCGUGUACGCACACGUCACGCGGCUGCUGCUCGCCACGUGCGUGGUGGACGUCCCUGCGUGCAGUUACGUAGAAGCGGUGAAGGCGGCACAGCUCGCGCCGUACAGCCGCACCUCGGACAGCACGGCGCACGCCUUCUUUGCCAGUUCGCAGCCACCGGCUCGCACAGGAUCGGCAACGAACGGAGGCCAAAGACCGGCGGAAAAGCUCACUACGACAGCUGCCGCGGCAGGCCUGUUUGGGUCUUCCUUUUCCAACACAGACAGCACCGGCGAACACAUCGACGUGUCGGACGCGAUGAAGCGCAAAAGCGCCAUUCGCGGAAUGUACUGCCUGGGAUGCUCGUGUUACUUCUUGGUGGAGGAGUUCAACGACACCCUGUCGCGGUGUCCGCGGUGCGGAAAGGACUCUCUGCGCCUCUGCAUCCAAAGUAUCCAGCGGCAACUGAACGCACGCAUCGCGGCACAGCACACCGUGGUGAAGCUGCUGCCCGCCGUGAGCCAGAUCUGGAAGAAAAGCGUGUCUACGCUGCUCGCGUCGACGAAACAGCCGCAGCCGCAGCAGACCGCAUCCGGGGAAGGUAACGCGAUGCCAACCACUGCCAGCGCCACGGCUGCGCAACAGAACCUCAACUGUGCUCUCGCCAACGACCCAUUUCUGUUCCAGCAGGCGCUAGCCUUUCUGCAUUUGUACGCCGCGCGCUUCGCCUCCGUGAACGACGCGGCGAGCGUGGUGGAUGUGCAGCAGAUUUUGACCGAACCCGAGUACCGGGAGCGGCUGCGGGGGAAGGCGUCGCUGGCGGAUCAAUUUCGCUCCCGCCACCGCCACGCCACCUCCGUCCACGUGCGACUCGUCUCUCAAAGCGACGUGGACGCGGCUCGGCGAGCGGAGAGCCACCAGAAACUGCUCAAGCGGGCGAUGCUGCCGCCCUGGCUGCGACACACCUCGACCUUGGAGACGCUGGGGGGCAGCCACGUGUACACCCGCAACUCUGCAGCGAUGGCGGAAGGCGAGAUGGGAGAUGGGAACACGGAUAGCGGCGACGGGGUACGGGGAGCUGGCCCGCAGGAGCCGUGGGAAUCAGAGGUGGUGCAGACGAGCGACCACACAAAGGCGCCGCCUCUACACAGCGGUGCCGUGUGGAAAACUGGCAAGACGCAGGCGGCGGCAACGGUGGGCGACAAGCGGCGGCGUCCGGCGGAGGUUGACACAAGAGCAGACCUGCUGCGCACUGCCGACUUCAUCGCGAAGCACUACUACGAAGACGAGUACGACGAAGUGACGUUGCCGUCGUCACGCAUGCGACGCCAUCACCGGUGA